GGCCUGCCUAACGCUAACAUUAGUGCUUCUGAACUCCUGUGAACUGCCCCGUAGCUCGGCUCUGCUCACCAGCCUGCGGCCACAACACCCGGCUAGAUUACGCUUAUCACCAAAUCAACGGAAUAGUUUCAACUGGCUUUGAUUGUUUCUAGGGAAGACCAUUGAUGAGUAAUAUCACCAAUAGCUAACACGACAGAGUAGAGGUGAGGUGCUGUGUUAUUUUGAAGGAACACGUUUUAGAGGGACAUGAACCUCGCUGCAUGACAUCUGGAGGAGAAUAGUUCCGGGCGUUCGGUUGUCACAGUGGACUGGACGGAGGCGAAGGUUUUGCGAGAGAGUGGUCAGUAAAUGCAGUUAUGAUUAAGGUUCUCGGACAGUAAAGAAAAAAAAGCCUUCUCCCCUAGGGUCUAUUUUGGGUGGCAAAGUUAGCCUUUGUGUUGUUCGAAAACACCACUUUCUGUUACUUAGAGGGACGUUUUCAGAACAUGUGGCUUUGAGGGACACAUUCUAGACACACUUUUAGGAGAUUUAGAAAAAGGAAACUGAGAGGAAAAACAGAGGUUGCCAGAGCCAAACAUGAAAAUGUGGAUGCUACUGAGCUGCUUCCUAGCAUGGACCCUGGUGCCUCUUCUGAGUGCCCAGCUACACGUGGACACCCGAGCUGGCUGCAGUACGACCGCCAACGACCUGGUGUACAUCGUGGACGGCUCCUCCAGUCUGGGACUGGGAGACUUCCAGCUCGCCAAGCGGUGGCUCGUCAACAUCACCAACAGCUUCGACAUCAGCUCCCACCACACACAGGUGGGACUGGUGCAGUACAGUGACACGCCACGCCUUGAAAUCCCAUUGGGCAAGCACCUGUCCAAUCAGGAGCUGGUGGCUGCGAUCGAGGACAUUGGCUACCUGGGAGGAAGUACAAAGACUGGGCGGGCCAUAAAGUUCGCGACCCAGCAUGUGUUUGCCUCGUCCAAUCGAACGCGGACAGCCAGGAACCGCAUCGCUGUGGUGUUGACAGAUGGGCGGAGUCAGGACGACGUCGUGGACGCCGCUCUGGAGGCAAAGGCUCAGAACAUUAUCCUGUUUGCUGUGGGAGUCGGUAGUGAGAUUGACAGCUCUGAGCUGGAGUCCAUCGCUAAUAAGCCGGCAUCUACCUAUGUCCUGUAUGCGGAGAACUAUGCAGCCAUCGCCAACAUCAGAGAUAAACUGGAACAAAAACUGUGUGAAGAAUCGGUGUGCCCCGUAGAGACGACCGAUUCCUCGGCCCCGUUCAGAGGCUUCGAUCUUCUCUCUAGGAUGAAGAUUGACCUGAAGGCCAAGAAGGUGCAGGGAUCCAUCAUGUUUCAACCUGCCUAUCUGCUCAGCACCAAACUGGACUUCACUGAUAUGACAAGGUCCGUACUCCCCGAGGGCCUACCCCGGGCCUACGUGUUCGUUGCCACGCUGCGUCUGAGGAGCCCGUCCCACAAGAUGAAGCUGGACCUGCUGCGCGUCGUGUCCGGAGACGGGCGGGUCCAGACGGCCGUGACGCUCAACGGCGUCUCCAGAUCUGUGAUCUUCACCACCACCAGCCUCAGCAGAAAGGAGCAGAGCAUCGUCUUCAACAACAAAGGCAUACAGAGGUUGUUUGACACUGAUUGGCAUCAGCUGAAGGUGUUGGUUCGGUCCGGACGCGUCAUCUCCUACCUCGACGGGGUGAAGGUCGAAGAACAGCUCUUGGGCGCCGUCACUCCCAUCUACAUCGACGGGAAGAUUCAGGUCGCCAAGAAGGUCAAGAUGGAGGCCACUGUGCCGUUGGAGCUGCAGAAGAUGAGGCUGUACUGUGACCCGGAACAAAAUGACAUGGAGACAGCGUGUGAAAUCUUCUCUGUGGUAAGUGUGGGUUGUCCACUCAACCGUGAGCCUGCAGCCAGCCAGAGCUGUAACUGUCCAAUGGGAAAGCGGGGAUCGACCGGAUUACCGGGACCAAUGGGCUUCAGAGGGGAGAAGGGGAGAGAGGGCCCCCCGGGACCUGACGGGAAGCCUGGUAAGCCAGGGCUGCCAGGAUUGGCCGGAGAUCCUGGAAAGACUGGCCUGAAAGGAGAAUGGGGAGAGCCCGGACUCAGAGGGGAGUCUGGACUCAACGGGACCAAAGGGGAGAUGGGGUCUCCGGGUACCCCCGGCCCCCCAGGACCACCUGGCCCUGUAGGACCUGGGUUUGAGAUACUGAACACUUUGGAGCAGCAAGGGACAGGAACGAAGGCGUUGGCUUCAGGAUCUCAGGGUCCAGUCGGACCACCUGGGCCACAGGGAGAACCCGGCCCACAAGGAAAGGAUGGCUUGGCUGGAUCUGCUGGAGCAAAGGGAGAGAAGGGGGAGGCCGGGGUCCCAGGAGUUUUGACAGGCGGUCAGGUGGCCGUGGGCGCACCCGGAGAGGCGGGACCACCGGGCGCCCCCGGGGCCACAGGCCCCCCUGGAGGCGAUGGACGACAGGGCCCGAAGGGCGGUCCAGGCACUCCAGGGUCCAGCGGUCCACCAGGACUUCAAGGAUUGAAGGGAGACCAAGGGCAUACUGGGAACAUGGGGUUGCCUGGCAACAGAGGACUUCCUGGAACUAAAGGGGAGAAGGGAGAUGCUAGUGUUCCGGGUCCAGACGGGAAGCCUGGCCCAGCGGGCACAGAUGGAGAGCCUGGGAGCCCUGGCGUGGUGGGCCCUGCUGGUCCUGUCGGUGGAAAAGGAGAAAGGGGGGCUGCGGGGGUUCCUGGUGCCAGGGGGGCCGAGGGGAGGACGGGUGCAGAUGGGCACCCAGGACACGAGGGCAUCAGGGGCGUCCCGGGGCAGGACGGGUCGCCAGGGCAACCAGGAGUCAACGGCUACCCGGGGGCUCCUGGAAAGGGACCAUCAGAUGAGCAGUUAAUGAAGCUCUGCGCCAAUGUGAUCCAAGCUCAGUUCUCUCAGCUCCUCCAGCUGGUCACUCCGUCCGGAGGUUGUCAGUGUGAAGGUUCUGCCGGACCCCCGGGAACGCCAGGGGCCCCAGGCCUGGAGGGGGGGCGCGGACCCCAAGGGCACCCGGGCCAGGACGGGCCCCGGGGCCACCCGGGGAUGCCAGGGCAUCAGGGCCCCCGAGGAUCUAAAGGCGGCGCUGGACCAAUCGGGAUGAAGGGCGCCAGAGGAGAGGGGAGUGUCGGCCCUCCGGGGGAGAUGGGACCUGCAGGUGUCCAGGGGCCGCGGGGCCAGGACGGCGUGGGGUCCCGGGGGCCACCAGGGGAGCCCGGGAAGCCUGGAGGCCACGGCGUCCCCGGGAAGAGGGGCCCGCCGGGGGCCCAGGGGGGCUGCGACAUGGCCUCCUGCUACCAGGCCUACAGCCAGCUGCGGCAGGAGCACUACGGCAAGGGGCCGUACCACUAGCGUGGUCCCCCCACCCCCACCCCCCCCCCCCCCCUCUAACAAUUAACAUCUCCGCAAAGCCUUUGCCCUAAGAGGGGGUUACCAGAUCCUUAUGAGACACGCUGCUCAAGUCAAUCAAGUCACUCUUAAUUGCAUCGCGCUGUGUCAUAAAAUGUGGGGCCCUUUGAAGCCCACCUGGGUGGGCUUCAAAGGGCCCCACAUCUUAUGACAGUGCCCAUCGCUACAACCAUCUGCAGGGCAAGGGGAGAGCUCCCCAUGACCCCGGGGAAGAACAGAUGAGCUGUGUGUGUGGAGAGAAGCGCACCAGGCCAGGGCUUUAGCUGGUUCAGCAGCAGUCCGUCCUCAAGGUCGGUGGUUCCCAAACCAUUCACCCCUGAAAUGAUUUAGGGCCAAAAAAAAACUUGUCUCAACCGACCUACACUCAAGGACGUUCACACGCACACAUUAUUGUGUCUCAUUGUGUCUUUUUGAUGGUCCCUGUUUUUAACACCGAGCACAAGCCAGCGCUCGUUGUUCUUGACUCUGAUGAUGCAGAGAGAGACGCAAUAGGGAGGGACGGAGACAUUCCUGUUAGAAGGGCUCAUUUCUUGAACCUUUAAACUCUUUGUGUCGUGCAUGUUGGUGCUAAAAUUCUUGAUACCUCAUUGUUUUCUUCUGCUUUUUUGUCCUUUUUUUGGGCAUGAAUCUAUGAUUAGCAUAUAACUGUUAACGAGGUUACAAAUCUGGUGUGUGUGUGUGUGCGUGUGCGUGUGUGUGUGUGUGUGUGUGUGUACAUGCAUCAGAGCAGAUCAGAGAAGUGCCCACUCUUCAGCCUCUCCCCAUUAGUGUUGAAUCACCCCCCUGCUCUGCUAUUGCGUAACUUUCCGGGGUUGGUCGUCACAAGCCGUGUUCAAGCCAAUGCCACUGCCAUUUAUUAUUGGGACACAAAUUAUAUUUGAAUUCAAAGAUCAAGGGUGCA